CAAUAUUGACCUUCGAAACCUCCACUGUGGUUUUAUACGACAAAUUCAACUAUUGUGUUACGACAUUUUCUUCUCAUGACGGUGUCUAUAAAUGCCUCACUCAGUUAUGUUCUUUCUCCCACACGACAGCAAAACAAAAUUUGAAGUUGACCCUUUUUGUUUAACAAUGGCACUCUCAUUCUCCUCUGAGGGCGUCUUUCUCUGCACCUUCUUAUUGUUCUUGUCUUUGGGAUCUGAAGCUCGUAGAUCACCCGUUUCUUCUGUGGUUAGCGAAGAGCUUUUUGAUUCGAUUUUCCUUCACAAAGACAACGCUGCAUGCCCUGCUAAAAACUUCUACACCUACGAUUCCUUCAUCAUGGCAUGCAAAAGAUUCCCGGAAUUUGGUUCUAGAGGUAGUUUAACCACACGCAAGCGUGAGGCUGCGGCUUUUCUUGCUCAAAUUUCGCAAGAAACCACAGGUGGGUGGGCUACUGCACCUGAUGGACCCUAUGCUUGGGGAUUGUGCUUCAAGGAAGAAGUUAGUCCUCAGAGUGACUAUUGUAAUUCCACCAACCAACAAUGGCCUUGUUACCCAGGAAAAUCUUACAAAGGAAGAGGACCAAUUCAACUUUCAUGGAAUUACAACUAUGGACCAGCAGGGAAGGCAUUGGGAUUUGAUGGAUUGAGAAACCCUGAUGUGGUGUCAAACAAUUCAGUGAUUGCCUUUCAAACAGCUUUGUGGUUUUGGAUGACAGAGCAAAAGCCAAAACCUUCUUGCCAUAAUGUGAUGAUUGGAAAAUAUGUGGCCACAGAAGCUGACAUAGCAGCUAAUAGAAGUGCAGGGUAUGGUCUGGUGACUAACAUAAUCAAUGGUGGACUUGAGUGUGGACUUCCUGGUGAUUCAAGAGUGAAUAAUCGCAUUGGAUUCUUCAAAAGAUAUGCAGCAUUGUUCAAUGUAGAUACAGGACCUAACUUGGAUUGUGCAUAUCAGAAACCCUUUUAAACCUUUUCUUCAUUAUUAUUUUCUUUGCCAAAGAUUCACUCAUAAUUUACUUAAUGCUUAUGAUGUCAUAUACCCAGUGUUUUAGAUUUCAAUAUUACAUUAGAUGA